GACCCACGAUGGAGCUGUCCUGUGAGUCGGUGAGAUGUGCAGAGGACAGAAGACCCGCCAGCUGUAAGUUUGUGGAGCUCCAUGUGCUGUAUGUGCCGGCUGACCAGUGGAACGUGAAGCUCAACAAAGUGCCUGCUGAGGCGAUAGACAGCUUCAUAUCUGCAGGCUUCAUCAGAGUUUACCCUGACACCACCCUGAGGACUCUGAGGAGGGAGCUCGGCGCUCUGCUCGGCGCCGACGGGAGCAUUGACAGAUUCUCCUUCCUGAAAUGUGUCGGCCGCAGUCUGGCACUGGUCAAAAGCAAACAGGAGAGAGACCUGAAAGUGAAAACCUUCGCUCCACCUUAUGCCGCCCAGCCGGAGCUCUACCUGCUGCCCACCGUGGAGGCCGACAGCAGCGUCUGCUCCCAGUCGCUGAGCCCCGACACCAGCAGCAGCUCCCCAGAGCAGCACGUCUACUACCAGCCGCCCAAGAUGUGCAGCCUGCCAGCAGGAACAAAGGAGCCCGUUAAAUUCCCCCACAUCCCCCAGCGUUCCCAGCAGUCACCUCCCACCCCCCGGCCGGACGAGGAGGAGGAGGAUGAGGAGGAGGAGGAAGAAGAGGAGGAGGAGGAAGAUGAUGAUGAUGAGCAGAGCUACAGCACUUCAGAGGAUGAGGAGGAAGCUCUGAGCUCCAUGAGGAGAGCAGAGAAUCGAAGAGCACCACAGCCGCUUCCACUGAAUAAAGCUUCACAGCGACAUGAAGCUGAUUCAGCUCGGCCGCAGGACCUGCCAGAGAAAGAGGAAACCUUCACAAAGAGGAGACAGUACCAGAGAGGGAGCAGAGCGGCCGGACGUUCAGGAGCAGCCGAGUCUCUGGAGGACUCUGGAGAUUCAGGAUUCUCCCUCACAGACGGGGCUGGAAAAUCAAAAGAUGUCAACAUGAUGAAGUCCGUCAGAAACAAACCAACAGCUGAGGUAGUGUUCUGGUGCAAGUGGAA